AUCUGGCUUCGGCGAGACCCUGGGGGACUCUGAACCCAAACCCCUCGCGAGCACCGACAAAGGUCGGCGAGUGUGAGAUUGUGAAGACGAUGGCGAAGAUGCCGAUUUCCGAGCACAUUUUGCCCAUUCUAGAACCCCAUUUGCAGAAUCGAGGAUGGGGUUCGAUCGGUGGUAGCUGAAGCGAGUGGUGGCCCUGCACGUUGAGAUCAAACGGAACCGUUACGGGAGCUUGUUGUGCUGUGCUGUGCUGUGUGUUGCAUUGUGUUGUGCAUUGGGGGGAAGUUGUGAGCAAUGGGCGAGGAUCGGGAGAUGGAGUUCGUCGACUGCUAUGCCUCCUACAGGCCAAGGUUGAUAUGGGACCCGAGAGUGAGUGACUAUCUCAGUCAAGCUUACGGCCAACAACACUUCGCCCAAAUUUCCGAGGCCCUCACUCGACCUUCAGUUUACUCGUGUGUUCGAGUCAACACUCUCCAAACGACUACCAAAGAGGUCAUCAAGCAGCUCACUCGCUAUGUGUUGCAACAACAGAAUGAUAACCAGAGUCGGAUGUUGAAACAAACUGAGUUCCAGGAAAAAUCCAGUGAGGCAGGUGAUCCUCACUGUGCUGAGAAAGCGGACGUCACAGGAACGAAGUUAUCACGCAUUCAAGUUGGGGGCACAAUCUCUGCUGAAUCAACAUCAGAGGAGGACGAAGGAUCAGAAAGUUGUGGUAUAUGCUUUCAGCAUGAUGUCCUAGACAAUGUGGUAAUGGUCAAGGGAAAAGGCCCUUGUUCCAUCGAUUACACAACUGUGCGUGGGGAAGGAGGAGUACUGAAGGAGGUGGUUGUAAGCCGAAAAUGUGCAGAAGCUGUUCUUCGCGGCGCCCACGUAUUUGUGCCCGGUGUCCUGGCUUGUAGCGGAUGCAUUGAGAAGGAUGAACUUGUUGCUGUGUCUGUGGCUAUGGAAAGGUCAGAUGGAGAAGGGGGUUGGUUCGUAGGAGUUACUCGUGGCACCACACUGUCUUCUGAGCAUGCAAAGUCACAAUUCAACGAUGAAGACAGAAGUGGUUGGUUUAUUGGAAUUGGCCGCGCCAUGAUGACGAGAGCAACCCUUUUCAGAGAAGCAAAGGGUGUAGCAGUUGAGAUGGUCCAUCGAGCGUAUAACCUUCCACCGUUUUCUGGCGUGCUCAGUGGUGACAUCUUUCUUCAAAAUUUACCAAGUGUUGUUGCUACCCACGUUCUUGAUCCGCAGCCAGGGGAGCGAAUCCUGGACAUGUGCGCCGCGCCUGGUGGAAAGACGACCGGAAUCGCUACACUCAUGGGGGACAAGGGUGAGGUUAUCGCACUUGAUCGAUCACAUAGUAAGGUCUUAGAUAUUGUUCGUUUGGCACAAGAGAUGAAGCUAACUUGCAUUCAAGCAAUCAAGAUGGAUGCUCUAAAGUCUGUACGAGUAGAAAGCACUCCAGAUCGAAUUUCCCAGGACAAACCACUGGGUGAAGUUUCAAACACCGCCAGACUUACUGAAGCAGUAGCGAUUGAUGAUAUUAUAACUAAUUCAACCUCGGAGGAACCUAACAUAAUUGAAGAAUGCUCAAAGAAACAUCUGCGUGAGGAAUCUGCUCAAAUUUUGGCUGAAAAUGUUGGUGGUUCAAAACGCGAUGAGGCCUCAACCAUUUCAUCUACUAGACCUAACUCAGAAGCCACACCAGCGAAAAAGUUUAAAGACGAUGGGGCUUAUGCAAGCCGGAAAGCUGCUCGGAAAGAAGCCCGAAAGUUGAAAACUGAGCUUAAAAAGGCUGCUGAACCCGAAACGCCUUACAGAAACGGAUUUGCUCCUCAAAGUUUUGAUCGAGUACUCUUGGAUGCCCCUUGCUCAGCUCUGGGUUUAAGACCACGGUUGUUUGCAGGACAAGAGACAUUAGAUGGCCUGCGGCAGCAUGCAAAUUAUCAAAGAAGGUUAAUUGAUCAAGCUGUACAGUUGGUUCGACCGAACGGUACUCUUGUCUAUUCCACAUGUACUUUGAAUCCUGGGGAAAACGAAGGUGUGGUUCGAUAUGUCCUGGACACCUAUCCAUUCGUGUCACUCUCUCCUCAGCACCCGCAGAUCGGAGGGCCUGGUCUGGUUGGUGGCGAGGACGUAUUUGAUGGAGCAACGCACAGACCAUGGCUUCGGAAAGGAGAAGAACAAUUGGUCCAACGAUUCGACCCUGUGGGCCCUAGGGACACCAUUGGUUUCUUUGUUGCGAAAUUUUCCGUGGCUGCCCAUUGAGGCUGUCUGUUCAAUUCUUGACGAUAACUCUAGAGAAUUGUCGUGAAACAUUUGUGAUUACCAUUCAAUGAAUCUGCGACUUCCACAAAAUCUCAUGUAUGGUUUCCAGCAAAACGUUGGAAGCUUGCAACACUAAGCUAGUUCGAAAUGAAGGUGAAAUUUUUCACUUCCAUAGCAAAUUGUAUGGUAUCAUAGUGUAGCAAUAAAAUUUUGUGGCUACCAAAGUCAUGAUAAAAUAAGCCUUUCGGGCA